CACACUAUCAAGUAUUAAUGGUACUUCUACUCCGUUAACACUAGCUUCACAAUAUAAAGCUGUAGAGGAUCAAGACAUUACAUUCCUAAGAUUUCCAAAUUCCUUGACCAAAAUCACUCUAAUUUUGGAAGAUAACUGUCCAUACGAAAUAUUUGCAUUUUAUUAG